AUGUUCGGGGCCACGAAGCUGCAGGUAGCUACGUACCUGCUCGGCGUCUGUCCAUUCUCCAUCGCCUUCUUAGUCUUCAUGAACUCUGAAGUCUCAUUUGUUGUCACUGACCUAAUUGGCAAAGACCAUGGCGUCGGCGACGCUGUCGGCACCCUGGGUUUCGCAGAUGAAUUGGUUGCCCUAGUUGCCUGCCCAUUAUGGGGUGUCCUGUCCGAUCGCAUGGGUUUGCGUAUCGUCUGUGUCGUCGGUUAUUUAGUUAUCUGCCUAGCUUUGGUACUAUUUGUCCAGGCACGUAACGUCUAUCCUCAGCUUCUUCUUGCGAGGUUACUCUUCAGCCUGGGAGGUGCCGCGGCGUCGACAAUGGUAACUGCUAUCUUGCCUGCUGUUGCUGGCUCUCCAACCAAGCCAAAGGGCCAGUUAAGACACUCCAGGGUGAUUCAGAUCUUCGGCAACACGACUCAUGUGUCGAGCCCGUCCAUUGCUUCCGAGUCAACCAUAACUCCAGAACGUUUCCUCGCUCGUGUAUCUCAGCGUCAGAACGGUCGUUACAGGUCAGAAGGAGACACUCAACUAGCCUCGUCUACCAGCAAGAUUGCAGGGUUUGUUGGUAUGGGUGCAGGUGUUGGUGCUCUGAUCGCUCUCAGCCUUUUUCUUCCUCUCCCAGCUAAGUUUCAAUACGCUGGGGUGGGACAAAAAGAUGCCUUGAAAUACAGCUUCUAUGUCGUCGCAGCUGUCGCCUUUGUGUUGGCCGUAUUCUGUUUUUUUGGGCUUACCAACCUGCAUGCUGAGGUCGAAGCCGGUCAAGUCCAAGACAGAAAUAAUCAACAACAAAAGUCAAAGCUACCUAGCACCAGCGAACUUCGCCAAAUGAUGGAUAAUUUCCAAAUGGCGAUCAUAGUUGGCUUUGAACGCUCGGAAAUUGCUAUCGGAUACCUAGGAGGAUUUGUCGCUCGCGCAUCUUCCGUCGGUAUAUCCCUCUUCAUACCGCUUUUGGUCAAUGCGACCUUUCACAAUUCGGGACUCUGCAAGGUUGAGGGAAAUGAACACGAUCCCAAUGGUCUACCUGAUAUCAAGAAAAGAUGUCCACGCGCUUACGUUGUCGCGGCUGAAUUAACGGGUGUCUCUCAAAUGAUAGCCCUGAUCUGCGCUCCUCUCUUCGGUUACUGGUGCGCUAGGGUAUCUCGGAAACAGAUCCCUCUUCUUUUCGCUUCAAUCUCUGGCAUCGUGGGCUAUCCACUUUUUGCCAGUGUCUUUCAUCCUCGGAAUUCGACGGCGGCACCACUCUUCACCGACUUUUUGGCUGUCAGCUUGAUCGGUAUCAGCCAGAUUGGCGCGAUCGUAUGUAGCCUGGGAACAUUGAGCACAGGUGUACUUCUCGAACUUCCGAGCACGAGCAAACGGCAUUCCACGGUGGAUAUAAAUGAGAGUCAAACUGCAGCCGACGAAACACAGCCGCUUCUCUCGAAUGCUCAACAAAGCAACAAAAGCCCGUCCUUGUCGACUCUCAAAGGCUCAGUUGCCGGUGUUUACUCUUUGUAUGGCGGGCUUGCCAUCUUGAUAUUGACCAAAGUAGGCGGCCUACUCUUUGAUAAAGUAUCAUUAGCAGCUCCAUUCUACAUCAUGGCUGCAUUCAACGCGGUUCUCAUGGUUGCUUGUUUAUGCCAGAGUAUCUUUACCGCGAAAUAG